GUUUUGACCCACUGUACGUGCCGUCGUCGGCUAAUCCACGCUUUGCGCAUGCGCUGAAAGCGUUCCUUUUCACUCGCACGCUUUUCUAACUCGUCUCCUCCUAGCAUGUCGUCCGACUCGGUGAAACUGUCGAAAAAUCUUCUCCGCAUGAAGUUCAUGCAGAGAGGAUUGGACGCGGAGACCAAAGAGCAGCUGCGAGAGGACGACAAACGGAUCAUCAGUGAUCAGCACUGGUACCUGGACCUACCCCAACAAGCCGCCAAAGAGAACAUGAUCGUGGAAGAGAAAAGCGUGGUUCAGCUGGAGGAGCUUUUGUACGGCCGCGUGUCCUUCAAAGGUUUCAACCCGGAAGUGGAGAAGCUGAUGGCGUCCAUCAAUCCUCGCGGACGAGAAGAAGCCGACGUGGACAUCGGACGCAUGCAGACGGACGUGACGGACGAAGAGAUGGCUCUACGGUACGAGAGUUUAGUGGGAAGCCUGAAAAAGAAGUUCGCCAGCAAGCGCCAAAGAUCGUCCGUCGAAGAGGAGCCGGACGCCGACCGGGAUGACAAGAAGAGAAUGUUCGUCAAGCCUCGCGAUUGAGGCGUGCUCAAGAACGCUGUAAAAUAUGGACUUACAAAAAAAGCGGCGCUAAUUUAACUCUUUCAGUGCCAUUGAAGGUAGUUGUGUCCGAUCAUCCUUCUGCUGUGUAUUGAAAUGAGUUUGACACGAGUGAACCAAUGUUCAUUCGGUGCCAUGCCUCCCGCUUCAAAUGGAUUGGACAUCUGUCACUCUCGCCACUGAGUAAACAGCAGUUUACUUUCACAUUGAUAAAAUCAUUGGGUGAGAAAUAAGCUAUUUAUGACUUCAUUUGAAUGUGAAAGCAAUGAAUUUGAUGGGAAAGUUGCCCCUACCAACAUGGUCGCCCUGAGAGGCCAUUUUGGUAGGGGAGAGGAAAACCGUUUUCAUCCUUCUUUCCUGAAUUUGAAUGAGUAUCACCAGAAGACGUCCAAUCUAUUUGAAGUGGGCGGCGAAUGAAUAUUUUUUUUAAAAUUCACUGCCAACCCUCCCACGUCAACUAGAUUGGACGUCUAGUGCUGUGAAUGGCAGAUGAGUUGCGAAAUAAGUAAGUUAUGACUUCAUUUAAAUGUCAAAGCAUUUACUUGGAUGAGAAAUUCGCCCCUACCAACAUGGCCGCCCUGAGACCAUUUGUGCUAGAGGUGUUUCCAUGAAUUUCAGUUAGCUUAUCAAUCCCACUUCAAAUGGAUUGGACGUCUGUCAACGCAUUGACUUUGAUGGGAACGUUGCCUCAGGGCGGCCAUGUUGGUAGGGGCGAGGAAUGCCGUUUUCAUCCUCCUUCCCUGAAUUUGACUAUCACCAGAAGACGUCCAAUCUAUCUGAAGUGGGAUGUGUGGCGGCGAAUGAAUGUUUUUCUAAUUCGCUGCCAGCCCUCCCACGUCAAAUUGAUUGGACGUCUAGUGCUGUAAAUGGCACAUGAGUUGCGAAGUAAGCUAGUUAUGACUUUAAAUGUCAAAGCAUUUACCUUGAUGAGAAAUUCGCCCUUACCAACAUGGCCGCCCUGAGGCCAGUUGUGCUAGAGCUGUUUGCAUGAAUUUGUUAGCUUAUCACUCCCACUUCAUAAGGAUUAGACGUCUCAACGCAUUGACUUUGAUGGGAACGUGGCCUCAGGGCAGCCAUGUUGGUAGGGACGAUGAAAGGUCUUUUCAUGCUUCCCCCAUCAAUUGAAAGUUCAUCACUAGUAGACGUCCAAUCUGUUUGAAGUGGGAGGGUUGGCAACAAAUGACCCAACGUUAUUUCUGCCACCCUCCCACUUCAAACAGAUUGGACGUCUAGUGUUGUCAGUGGCAGCUCAUGAGUAAAUUAGGUUAAUAAGCUAGUUAUAACUUUUUUUUACUUCGAUGGGAAAGUUGCCCCUCCCAACAUGGCCGCCCUGAGACCAUUUUGCCCUGGAUUUCAACUAGUUUAUCACUACCACGUUAAAUGGAUUGGACGUUCAGUGCCAUGUCGUCAAUGCAUCGACUUUGAUGGGAACGUGGCCUCAGGGCGGCCAUGUUGGUAGGGGCAAAGAAAACUUUCAUGCUUCUGCCGUCAAUUGAAAUGUUUUUUACUAGUAGACGUCCAAUCUGUGAAGUUGGAAGGUUGGCAGCGAGUGAACGAAUGAUUAUUCACUGCCAACUCUCCCACUUCAAACAGAUUGGACGUCUAGCACUUGUCAAAAGGUACACAUCGAGGUAAAAAGGGGUGGAAAAUGGUCACUCUCAAAAGCUUUAAAAUGUUUGAGUUCUACUUAAAGUAUUGAUACUGAAAUGUAUCCGGAUACGGUAUUUGCAAAAGUAUUGAUACUGUGUUGCACCGUAUUACUCUUAAAUAUUGUUGUAAUUGGUGAUCGUUUUUAUAAGGAAAUCGACAGAAAUAAAAUCAAUUUAAGCAGUCUGGUAAAC